AUGGAUGAAGCCGAUGGGAAAAUUGUUGGGGCCCUGGGGAAGGAAAUGGAGGGCUCUGAUUGGUUUGUUUUGGGCUGCCGGGGACUGGGCUCGGGCGAUGCGUCUCCACUUGACCGCCACUGCAACUUGGCGCCGGGCCCGAGAACUUCCGCGAGGAAGGGCAUCCUUUUUUUUUUUUUUUUUUUUUUGGGUUCGCAACUUUGA